AUGGCAGGACCGUACACCACUGGGAAGGUGCUGGAUGCCAUCGGGAGUGGGGAUAGAGUCAGGAGCUCUAUUGGGAUGGUGGCGGCUGCUGGAGCCACAAGUGUGCUGUUUUCUGGCUGCCGGGGGUUUCUCUUCAUGAUGUUGAUGGCGCGUCUCUGUCAGAGCCUGAGCCUGCAGCUCUUUUCCCACCUGGUGCACCAAGACCUGGACUUCUUCCAAGGAACACCAGCAGCUGAGCUCCUGGCUCAGUUUUCCAUGGAAGUGCCAUGGGUGUGCAGGGCAGCACCGAGUGGAGCCAACCAGCUGCUGCGGAGCCUGGUGAUGGCCCUGGUGGUGGAGGGGUUCACGGUAGGGCUGGCACUGGGGCUGGCACUGCUGGCACUGCUGGAGGUGCUCCUUGGAAUCGCCACUCGCUGCAUCCAGAGCACCCACAAACAGGCCCUUCAGCGAUCCAUGCUGGAAGCUUCCACCUGCACAGCUGCGGGGGUACAGGAAUCUGUUGCUGCCAUCGAGACCAUCCGAACCUUUUCAGCAGAGGAGGAGGAGGAGGAGCAGCACAGAUGUAACCUGGCCAAGGAGCUGAGGCUGAAGGAGCAGAUAGAGCUGGAGCUGGCAAUCCUUGUCCUUGUCUACAGGGUGAUCAAACUGGCCAUCCGGGUCAUGGUGCUCUUCAGGAGCCACCAGCAGCUCCCUGUCGGAUCCAUCACUCUUGGGGUCCUCGUCACCUUCCUGCUGAACCAGGACAGAGUUGGUAGCCAUGUCCAGGUGCUGCUCUACGGCUUCAAUGAAUUCCUGACCAACGCAGCUGCUGGACAGAGGAUCUGGGAAUACCUGGAUUGGAAAUCCACAGGGAAUGUCGGGGGGACAUGGGAGCCCCCCUGAGCUUCGGGCCACGUCACUUUCCAGAAGGUCUCCUUCACAUAUCCUGGAAAUCCAGAGCGCCCUGUGCUGAAGGAUGUGAGCUUCGAGGUGCACUCCGAGGAGGUGACAGUGCUGGUGGGGCCCAAUGGCAGCAGGAAGAGUGCGGCCGUGGCGCUGCUGAAGCAGGUGUGGGAUCCUGGCAGGGGGGUGGUGCUACUGGAUGGGAUCCCGCUGCCAGAAUAUGAACACCAGUACUUGCACCUCAAGGUGGUGCUGGUGGAGCAGGAUCCCGUCCUGUUUUCUGGAACGAUCCGUGAGAACAUCCUUCUGGGGCUGGAGUGCUGUGAAGAGUCAGAGCUGUGGGAGGCUGCCACUGCUGCUGGAGCCAUGGACCUCAUCCAGGGGCUGGAGCAGGGCUGGGACACUGAGGUGGGGGAGCACAGAGGGCGGCUGGCGGGAGGGGAGCGGCACCGUGUGGUCCUGGCCCGGGCUCUGCUCCGGCAUCCGGCCGUGCUCAUACUCAAUGAGGCGCUGGAUGCUGGAGAUGAUGGAGCAGCGAGUGGGGCACAGUGCUGGGUGUGCACUGGGCUGGCCCAGACCGUGCUGGUCGUGUCCCACCGGCCGCGGGUACUGGAUGGGGCCGAUCGCCUGGUGGUGCUGGAGCGCGGGGCCGUGAUGGAGACGGGAACACCAGCGGAGCUGCGGGAACGCCGCGGAGCCUACAGCCACCUGCUCCUUGGAGGAGGCAGCACCUGGCAGCCCGAGGGCCCCGGGACGGGCAGUGAGAAGGGGGCUGCAUCUGGCAGGGAAUAA